CAGACGGGGGAGAGAAGUUGGGAUUUUUUUCUCUCUCUCUUUGUUUUUUUGUUGUUUGUUUUUUUUUUUUUGGUACUUUCUGGAGGAUUCAAAGCAAAACAAAGAAACUGCCUCCUCCUGGGCUGUCAGUGAAAAGGGACGAGUUGUACAACUGGCUUGCGCUUUGCCAAGGAAAGGGGUGGGGAAAUCAGAAGAAGACCUUUCUGCAUCUAAGAUGGUAAAGAAAGGAGGGAGGAAGAGAACGAAAUAACCACGGGGAAGCCUCAGACCAGGUUGGGGAGGGGGGGUGAGAGUAAAAGGAAAGAGGAUUAACCACCACCACCACCACCACACAAAAACCCCACCAACUUUCUUCUGUGAGGGAGGACUCGAAGGAUUAAAAAGGCAGCAACUUCUGAGGCGAUUUGUCCCGAGUUAUGGAUGUUGGUGCCCUCGCUUCAGGCCAGAUCAGAGCUCAGAGGGCUCUAACCAGAAGCCGCAGCCACCAGCUCUCCAUUUGCCUUUUACCAGGUUUUACCCUUCCAGUAUGUUUCUUCUGAUGAGACAUUUUCCAGCGCCCAGUGUUUCAGUACAAUGUGCAAAUGGAUACUGACAAAUGGUGCCUCAGCCUUUUCCCACCUGCCUUGCUGCGGGUGCUGCUGCCUCUUCCUGCUGCUCUUCUUGGUGUCUUCUGGGUCUGUCAUCUGCCAGGACAUGCGGUCCCCGGUGGCCACCAACGCGUCUUCUUCAUCCUCCUCCUCCUCUGCAUCCUUCUCCUCUCCUGCCGGUGCCGGGAGGCACGUGCGGAGCUACAAUCACCUCCAGGGAGAUGUGCGCUGGAGGAAGCUCUACUCUUACAACAAGUACUUUCUCAAGAUUGAGAAGAACGGCAAGGUCAGCGGGACCAAGAAGGAGAACUGCCCGUACAGUAUAUUGGAGAUAACAUCUGUGGAAAUUGGAGUUGUGGCUGUUAAAUCGAUUAACAGCAACUAUUAUUUAGCCAUGAACAAGAAAGGAAAAGUCUAUGGCUCUAAAGAGUUUAACAGCGAUUGUAAACUGAAGGAAAGAAUAGAAGAAAAUGGAUACAACACAUACGCAUCCUUAAAUUGGAAGCACAAUGGAAGACAAAUGUUUGUGGCCUUGAAUGGAAGAGGAGCUACAAAGAGAGGACAGAAAACAAGGAGGAAAAACACCUCAGCUCACUUCCUUCCAAUGGUAGUAAUGUCAUAGAUGAAGGAACUGUUUUAUUGAUGCAGUUGAACCAAAGGCUCUUUUGUCAAGUAUACUUGGUAAUCCUCUUGAAGAGUAAAGGCAAAGAAACAGUGCAGACGUCUGCUUGUUUGAAAAAGGGGGGGAAGCCUUUGAAGGUUUUGUGCUCAUUGCUGGCACAUGAAGGACUUUUAAUUAGUUCUGUGUCAUAUCUUAUAAUCAAGAUACAAGCUGGAUCAAAUGGGAUGGGAACUAUUCCCAGUGUGAAUAAUGUUUUUUUAUCUCUGUGAUAGAACUUGCAGGACGUGAGACAAUCUGUUGAAUGAUCUUUGGGAAAAGUUAUUUAUGGAAUACUAACUCAUAUCAAAGACCUUCAUUGCUCAUUCAAGCCUAAUGAUCCAAUGAACAGUUAAACACGCAAGCAUUUACUGGAAGCACUUGGGUCAUAUGCACAAAUAAAGAAGUUUCUGGAGUGGCCUCAUGGAAGAAUGGAUAGGAUUAAGAAAUAAGCAUAUUAGAGUUAAACUAUUCUAACAAAAUAAAUAGUAUUGUUUGCCCAUGUAUUCUAACUUCAUUCCUUUUUAUUUUUCUCUAAGUUAUUUAUUUAAUAGGAUGUUAAAUAUCUUUUUUUGGUUUUAAAUGAUUUCCUCGGUUGCUUCCUUAUUUUUCCCCCUUUUUUCAGCUUUUCUCGUAGGGUUUGAUAUAGUAAACUUUCAAAACCUUACUGACUGCCUGAGAAUAGGAAACUGACAAGUCUUUAAGGUAAAGUCAGCAUUGCAGUGAAUAUGUCCAAUCUGUUUUCUUCUAAACUGUUUUGCACUUAAGCAAAAGGACCUGAAGCAGUGCUCAGAUUUAUCACACACAUUGGAUGUGUUUAUGUUUGUGAAUCCUACCUGCCAUCACUCAAAAACAAACUUCAAGGAAUACAUUGUCAGGAGGGUUUUGUUGCUUGUAUGAAAUGGAUGGAGAGGGCCAAAUCUGUACUCAGGUGCACUCGUGUUUGGCAUGUGUAUGUAAUUCAGAUCCCAUUGAUUUGUAUUUGGGAUUAAUGUAAAGUCUUACUUAGGGGUCUGAUCCAAAAUUCACUGCAGUUAAUGGGAAUCUUUUCAUUGCCUUUAGUGAUCUUUGGAAACAUCCCUAAAUGCAGCUUAAGUCCAUUGAUUUUAAUGAGAUUGCAAUGUUGCAUGCAUUUAAAUACAAGCAGAAUUAUCCUGUGGAAUUGGAAGCACCUGACAGCAGCAUUUGGCUCCCGAAAAGUGAGUCCAAAAAGAGCACAGUCCUGCAGUCUUUAUUCAGUUAACCUGCAUAACUCAAACAAAUUGUCCUCAUUAACAGCUUGAAGAGUCGCAGACAUAUAUUGAGAGUAUUUCCUGAAUAAACAUCAUAGGAUAUUCAUGAUCAUGCAUUUAUCAGAGACUACUUUCACAUGCAUAUAACAUUAUGAGAGCCAGCUUAAAAACAGCAUCCGUGUCUCAAGUUAGAAUAUCUUUCAUAUCCAUCACAAUAAAUGAAUGCUCAAAAAACACAUCAGGCACUUUUUAUGUAAUGUUACUAUUCCCGUGGCUUAAUUAGAGCAAAUGAGUUUAAGCCUAUUAUGAAGUCUGGUCAUUCUAAAAGAAUAUAAGGUUUGUUUUUUGCUUUACUUAUUUCUGUAAAUGUAGAGAGCUAUGGAUAGCUCAUCAAUAUAACCGUACUGAGAUUCAUUUUGUUAGAGCAGAUGAAUAGAAAACAGUACAUCAGCCAACAUGUACUACUGUCUUCACAUUGUAUUCCACUAAAUAAAUGCAUAAACUUCUCUGCAGUGUCUGUAGUGAGAAAAAAAAAGUAGUAUAAUAUUUUUUCUGAAUACUUUAAGUGAUAACUAUGAGACUAUAUUGAUGUGCAGUUCUAUCUUCAGUAUUGUUGGGAAAAAGUUGGUUUUAUUUUUAUUGUUUGGAAACUGUAUUUUGAUACAAAGGAGUCUUGAUAAAUGUGUCUUUUUUUAAAAAAAAAACACUAAAGUUUUACCUGUAAAAAGGCUGGUGUUCUUGUGAUCGUCUAUAACUUAUUUGAGUCAAUGCUUAACCAGCACUUCCAAAGUUAAUUAUUUAAGUAUUAGCUGUGUAUUAAAAAAAAAAAAAGCAGUAGCAGCAGCUUUCCCA